UCUCUCUCUCUUAUACACCUGUUAUUGAGUCAAAGGCUCUUACCAAUUAUACAGCACAAUAAAUGAAUACAUAACAACAAAUAACUAGCUAAUACAUAUUAGAAGAGGUAAUGAUGAUGUGGGAAUUUUGUACCCUUUCAGGAGGAGAAAUCGAUUAUAUCUCAGAGGCAACCAGUAGAGGAAUUUGUCUCCUCCCUUUUGUCCCCUUCUCUCUCUCUCCUCUCUUUCUCUCUCUCUCUCUCUCUCUCUCUCUCUCUCUCUCUCUCUCUCUCUCUCUCUCUCUCUCCCCCUAGCAUUUAAUUCCCUUAUUAAUGAAUUGUUCUGGUGCAUAUUUUGGUCACCCAGUGUUCUAGGCCAUAGAGAGAUAUAGAAUCCCAACAAUAAUAUAUGUAUAGAGACCAAGUACUGCAAAUGAGAGAGGGAGGGAGAGAUAACUUAGAGAGGUGAACACAAGGAGGAGGAGAUUGUUGUUUAAAAGGUUCUGGCGAUGAUCUCAAAUAGCACUUGAGUUUAUAAUUUUCCAGUGAUCUUGUUGUAAACAAGAAUAGUUCUAUAUGUGACUAAGAUAUAUAUUAUACUAUGGCAACGUUACAUAUAUAAUUAUAAUAUAUGGAAAAUAACUAUGUAUACAUAAGGGGGGGGAGAGAGAAAGAGAGAGAGAUGAGUAACUGUGGAAAGAGCACUGGAGCUGUGAGACAAUACAUCAGAUCCAAGGUUCCUCGCUUGAGAUGGACACCUGAUCUCCACCAAUGCUUUGUUCAUGCCAUAGAAAGGCUCGGAGGCCAAGAUAAAGCUACACCUAAGCUUGUUCUCCAGCUCAUGGAUGUUAAAGGGCUUACAAUAUCUCACGUAAAGAGCCAUCUUCAGAUGUAUAGAAGCAUGAGGAAUGACAUGGGCAGGAAAGAGAAGCAAGAAAAUAAGCACUUGAGUGAAGAUAAUGGUGGUGGAGGAGAUGAUGAUGAUGAUGAUGAUGAUGGUGAUGAUGAUGAUGAUGAUGAUGGUCCAUGCCCUUCUUCAAAACCCACCAGAGAAUUCCUGUCCCCGUUUUUGUGCCCCGCUCUACCUCCGAAGAGCAGGUCGAGAAUAAGCCAAGGAAGGUGCGAGAAAAUAUGGAAUUCUUCGUAUUGCAGUGGUAACUACAUGCAAAGUGUGGCUUUUGAGCGGAAGAUAAAAGAGGAGAGCUUUAUCAGAUGGCACAGAUAUGCUAAUGAAUUCUUGGCAAAAUGUCACGAUCAUCCUUCAAAGCACCUCAAAUUGGCCCUGGGACGGGUGGUGCACGAAUCGCACUCUUCUGAGGGCAACAAACAAAAUGACCACCAACCCUCCUCUUCAGGGAAGUUUAUUUCUGAGGAGAGCUAUGUAAAUGCAGCGGAGCGAGUGGUAAAGAGAGAGAAUACCUAUGAUUGCUCACUUUCAUUAUCACUGUCGGUAGAUCCGAAUUACAGAAGCACCAAUACAUCCUCAGCCAGCGAAUGCAGCAGCACGGUCUCUUCGGCUUCAAGGAGGAGCUUCGCAGGAAGCUCAUGUUAUUCUGAUGGCCGUGGCAUUAACUUGGAUCUUUCCAUGUCCAUCUGUGGAUCUUAGAUUGAGCCUUUGUAAUUCAUCCUAUUUCUUUCUUUCUUUUUGUCUUGGAAUUUAUCGCCAUCUUGUAAGUCUGAUCUAGGACCUCUACUAAACAGCACUGCUUAUGCUAUUAGUUAAUCGUAAACUAGAUGCGAAAAGAUAAUCGAAGGCUUGGAGUCUAGGGCUUUCACUACCUGAUUACAGCAUUUUACACAUGUGGACCAUCGAAGCACUCACAAGACAAUGAUUUUAAUGCAAAUCUAGCUGCAAAACAGGACGAGUUGUCAGACAGUGACUAAUUGUCGUUUCAGCGAACAAAUAUUGUCGGAUCAACAGCACAGAGCCUUCUGUAUUAACUACAAAAAUACUACAUAUAGUUUGUAAUCAAAGCUACAUAGCAUGAUGCCUAUAUAUAACCAGUAUGGUUCUGAAAGAGACUUGUUACUUACCUCAACAAGUAUCUUGCCCUUUUGUCGCA